AUGGAGCGAGAUGUAGACUAUUAUCUAUCUGACAUUGAAUUAGGUGAGUUGGAAGCAACAAUCGACCGGAUUUUCAAUAGCGAGGCUAUCCCUGAGCAAGCCGUACUUAAGCUGUGUAACCUAGCUAAGGAGAUAUUGUCUAAUGAGAGCAAUAUCAUAUCUGUAUCUGCACCUAUAACAGUGGUUGGCGACAUCCAUGGACAGUUGUACGAUCUGAAAGAGCUUUUUCGUAUAGCUGGUACGGCCCCUAAUACCAACUUUUUGUUUCUUGGGGAUUACGUAGAUAGGGGCUAUUAUUCCAUAGAAAGUGUGACACUUAUCUUAUGCCUUAAAGUACGUUACAAAGAUAGAGUUUUCAUAAUACGGGGUAAUCACGAAUGUCGUCAAAUUACUCAAGUUUAUGGGUUUUACGAUGAAUGUUUACGAAAAUAUGGUAAUGCUAACGUAUGGGUAGCACUAACAAAUCUUUUCGAUUAUCUACCUCUGGGAGCACUCAUCGAUGGUCAAAUAUUCUGUCCUCAUGCAGGGCUAUCACCAUCUCUUGAUUCGCUAGACCAAGUGCGAGAUCUCAACAGGGUACAAGAAAUUCCACAUGAAGGUCCAAUGUGUGAUCUGUUGUGGUCAGAUCCCGAGGAACGUACAGGUUGGGGCCUUAGCCCUCGUGGAGCGGGCUUUACAUUCGGUUAUGACAUUUCGAAAGCCUUCAAUCGCACAAAUGGUCUCGAGCUAAUAGUUCGUGCCCACCAGCUUAUCAUGGAGGGCUAUCAAUGGUCCCAAGAUCGCAAUGUAGUAACAGUAUUCUCGGCACCAAAUUACUGUUAUCGUUGUCGCAAUCAAGCUGCGAUCAUGGAGAUUGACGAACGCAUGAGAUUCACAUUCUUGCAAUUCGAUCCUUCACCCGUUCGUGAACCCCUUGAAAGGCAAGAAGAAAACGUUGAUUACUUAUUAGAAGAUCUUAAGUACAUCAAUUAA